AUGAACUCAACUGAGCAAGCUCCAAGUUCUAGUCAUCAAAACCCUACAGUCACCGACGUCGUUUCCACUCCCAUCUACAAAGAACCCCACAUUCUUGAUAGUGAGCCUCAUAUUCAUCUUGCGACGCCUUUUGAGAAGCUGGAAGUGCUGUAUGAAACCUUGGUGGAUUUUGACAGCAUGAAAAGAAAUGGUGUCGACCUCACUGAUGAACUAAAGAAGCAAGGGUGGGAACACUACUUUCAACGCCUCUAUGGCCCAGUAUACACAAAUCCGGUAAAAGAGUUCUGGAGAUUCACUGACUCUGAUGAUCACUACAUUGUCUCCUACGUUCUAGGAGUCAAGAUAGUUAUCACAGAGAAAUCAAUUGCUACUCUUCUAAACAUGAAGAAGACUGGAGGAAGACGCAUCUACAACAUCAAUCCUAGGGCAAAGUAUUUGUCCCAUGAGAUAAACCCUACGAUAUUCCAACAGAAUGUUAAAGAAGCAGAAAUGCUGAAUGAAACUACUUCACCAUCUUCAUCACCAUCUCCACAAUCCCCACCCUAUUAUAACCUCUCAUCUGACACUGAACCCUUUGAUCCUCACUCCCCAACUCUGGCUCAGAUCCAAAACCGUGCUCUGUCCCCUCAACAGCCAACACACUCUAACCCUGAACCUGAAGUUACCUCUCCACCACCAGAAAACCCAAACACAACCACCUCUGAACCCCCACCAUCAGAACCAAUCCACUCUGAAUCACAACCAUCCCAACCACUACACUCUGAAAUGCCCCAACCUACUACCUCCGCUGACCCAACACCUCCCACACUUAACCUAAGCCCCCCUUCUCUCCCUCCUAAGCCUCUGAACUAG